CGCCAGGGUGGCAACGCUCUGCUUAAGGCGGAGAAGAAGAAGCAGCAGGGGCGCAGCGUCUGCGAAAAAGUUUAAAAAUAAACAAAUUCCGUUUUAAAUCAAACUGAUAUUCAAUUUUCCGGGCGCGCAGUCAAAACGUAGCAGCAAACACGCACACAUACAGAGAGAGAGUGAGAUUAUUGGGCGAAAUUUGCGCUCUCACACGGAACUUCUGGGACGUCGCCUCAUCAAUAUUGGGAACCAUAUCAGUUCGUUCUGUUCACUUCGUCGUGGCGCACGGGAAUCAGAAUCAGACGCCCAGCAGCGCAAAGCUCUCGCAAUGAUUGUCGCACACUUAGUAGGCUCAAGCGGAUCCCCUCCAGAUCCACAGAGCCGCAGUCCGUUUCAGCGAAAUGCGCUACAUUAAACCGGAGCCGUACUAUGAAGGGCUCCCACCAUUCAAUGUCAGCGGCAGUCCGUUCAACGUGGUGCCCAUCCACAACUACCCGGAGCUGAUGAAGGACACCUGCGCCCUGAUCAACGCCGAAUGGCCGCGCUCGGAAACGGCGCGCAUGCGCUCUUUGGAGGCCUCCUGCGACACCCUGCCCUGCAGCCUGGUCCUGACCACCGAGGGCAUGUGCCGUGUGAUCGCUCAUUUGAAGCUCAGUCCGAUUAACUCGAAGAAGAAGGCCUGCUUCGUUGAGUCCGUGGUGGUGGACAAGCGGCACCGCGGCCAGGGAUUCGGCAAGCUGAUCAUGAAGUUCGCCGAGGACUACUGCCGCGUGGUCCUGGACCUCAAGACCAUCUACCUGUCCACCAUCGACCAGGAUGGAUUCUACGAGCGCAUCGGCUACGAGUACUGCGCACCGGUCACAAUGUACGGGCCGCGCCACUGCGAGCUGCCCAGUUUGCAAAAUGCCAAAAAGAAAUACAUGAAGAAGGUCUUAUAGACAUCAACGCCAGCCGUAGGAGUAGGGGGCUUAGCCAAACCCGAUCGGCGGGUGGCAGUGAACUAGUCAAAUUGGCAAACGCUUGAAAUUCUUUACGGG